AAAUUUGAUUAACUAUGAAGUAAUACGAGUCUAUGGUGAAAGUCGUUGUAAUUUUUAGUAGUUUACAUGUGUGAUAUGGAUCGUCAUUAUUAAAUGAAUAUUUAUGAAAUACUAUUAACAUUUUUCAUGUAUAGUAGAACAAUUAAAUCAUAGUGAAAUGAAAUAUAUUUAAUUUUGAAGUUCAACAAAAUUUGUUUCUUUGGCUACUUAUGAAAUUUUGUUAUGGCGUCGAGAAGAAUGCGUUCAAAUUCAAUAGAAACAAAUUAUCUACCCUCUGGAUUAAAUUUGAGAUCUGAAAGUAAAGGUACUCAACUGGUCCGAGAACCUACAUCUGUACUAGAUAUAUUUCUUACAGUAUUUUUAUAUGGCUGUCGAAAAUAUUUAUUUUUCUCAACUCAUAAGAGGCUUUUUAUAUACUUUAUCCUAUUAGUGUCUUCAAUUAUGGGUGAUUAUAUUAAUGUACCUAAAAUAUAUUUUGCGAAUAGUGGGACGUUUCUUAAUCAAUAUUUUGUCAAAUUGGGUUGGUUCUGGACUAUAUUAUGGACAUCUCUUUUUUUGUUUACGUCAAGUAGUGUUUUUUGUAUAAAUUCUAAAGGAAAUAUUAUGAAACAUUCAUCUCGACUCUUUAUUGCAACAUUUUUCUGGUGGUUCUGGACAAAUGGGUUUAAUUACUUUGGACAGUUUUAUGGUUCAUGUACAGAAAAAGGUCUCUCAAGAAACAAUUGUUUAUCUGCUGGAAAAAUUUGGCAAGCUUUUGAUAUAUCUGGUCAUGUUUUUAUAUUAAUAUACAGUACUCUUGUUAUGAUUAGUGAGGCGAGACCAAUAAUUGGUUGGGAUAAAAUCCAUGAUGUUAUAAUUGCUGAAAAUAAUGCCAGAAUAUCAGGGAAAAAAGGAAAGUUAAAUUAUCUCAAUGAAAAUGAACUAAUAGAGCUUAAAAGUGCCUAUAUUAAUAUGACACCUUUCAUAAAAUUACUUUUCCUAAUAAUAGCACUUUUUGUUGCUAUAUGGGAACUAAUGCUAUUAACUACUAUGAUGUAUUUUCAUAGAAUGCCUGAGAAAUUGUUGGCUGGAUUUAUUGCCAUGUUUACAUGGUUUUUAACUUAUAGACUUUGGUAUCCUUCUGAAUUUCUGCCUCUCUUACCUGGUCAAGGGUUUUUCAAUUACCAAGCGCUUCAAAGAAGCGAGUUAAGCUAAGAAAAAUUGAAUCAGAAAAAAAAGGAAUGA